GUUGCGCUGCUUAAUCUUAUUACCAUAUCGUCGACUUGGGCUAGGGUUAUUGAUGUGAUGGAUAGUGAGUCAGGUUCAAGAUUGUUUGGGUUCAUUGGUGCUGGUGCUACACUUGGUCAGCUAUUUGGAUCGUUGUUUGCUACAUCAAUGGCUUGGUUGGGUCCUUUUUUACUUCUAUUUGCUGCUUUGUUGAUGGAACUAGCUGCACAGUCAUCAAAAGGGAUCGACAAGGAUGCAUCCCAUCUUCCUCAUGAAUUAUCUCCCAUAAGAUCAGCCAUUAGUAGUGAUGACUUAAAAGUUGAUGCUGAUCAGCAUAGUGAGGCUGAUGGACGAUCAUCACCAGCUUUCAAAGUCUCUUCUCCAAAGUCUCCUUCAUCCAGGAUGAGGCCUCAGCUUUGGGUCAUCUUAGAUGGGUUUCGGCUUGUAUUAUCUUCAACUUAUUUGUUGAAUGUGUCUCUAUUCCUGUGGCUGAGUGCAGUUAUUUCGUCAUUCUUCUAUUUUCAGAAAGUAACAGUAAUUGCCAUGACUGUUUCAAGCUCUCUUGGAAGAAGAAAAUUGUUUGCCCAGAUAAAUAGCUUCAUUGCUGUUUUUAUCCUUGCUGGACAACUUACUUUAACAGGACGCAUCCUUACUUUAGCUGGGGUUACUGCAGCAAUAUGCUCUGCUCCGGUUGCUGCCUUCUCAAAUUUGGUUGCUAUUGCUGUUUGGCCAACUUGGGUAGCAGUUGCCAUCUGUGAGACUGUACGGAAGGUGGUUACUUAUGUAGUGACCAGGCCUGGAAGAGAACUUCUGUUUACUGUGGUCACUCAAGAAGAGAAAUACAAAGCUAAGGUUUGCAUAGAUGUCAUUGUUCAACGGCUCGGAGAUGCUACAGCUGCAGGAAUGUACAAACUACUAUUCAGCACUCUUCAUGGGAGGACAUCAACUGUGUCUCUUUAUGCUCUGCCUAUCUGUUUACUUUGGAUUUUUACAGCAUUCCAUUUAGGACAGCGGCAAGCUCAACUUGCAAAGCUCCAGGCCGUCUAAACUUUUUUAGGUUUUUGAAGAAUGAUUUUAUGUACAGUUAUUGAACAAAGGAAACAAAGAUAAAUAAUUCCUUUGUAUCAUUUCCUCUUUGGGAUUAUAAUUUUAUAGGCUGAUAGUUAAUGGCUGGUAGAGCAUGUCUCACUAUGUCAAAUGCAUGUACGAUGAUGUUUCCUUGUGCUAAUACUGCUCCAACUUUACUCGGUUCAA